AUGCUCGGUCUUACCACGACUACCCUCUAUGGGCUGAUCGUUCUUGUCUCCUCUCGGCUGAUUGAUCUCGAUUAUGUUGAGUCCGUUCCCGACCCAACCUACACUAUUAUUGCUGAUCAGAGGGCACAGGUGGUCUCGUACGAUCAGGACGCUGCAAUUGCUUCAGAUGUCGCUGAGGUCUUGCAGUCUCUGAUUCUGGACUCAGGAGAGGACGCUCUCAAAAUACACUACUUCGACAUUCAAACGCGUUGGAAGCCAUGCCAGGAUCUGGAUCAUCUGGACGACAAUGCAAAUGCUUAUAACGUAGUACUCAACCUGGCAGAGAACUUCGUUGCGGACGAGAAUCUGGCCAGUCAAGCCUUGCACGCUUGCUUCAACACCUACUUUGAACGCAGUCCAAACAAGGUUUCUCAAUUAAGGCUGUCAAUGCCUACCACCAUUGAGGCAUGUAGCGUUCUAACUGCCCCUGUCAAGCAUGGUGAGAAAUCAGGUGCUAUUCUUGAGGCUGCUGCCGCUGUCUACCGUCAGAAGGUAGAUAAUGCUACGGUUACUGGAAGCACGCCUGCCAUGAUAAUCAUCCCAGCUGAGCAAUUGGAUGCCUUAGCUUCUUCUGCAGGGAUUUCUCAGCUUAUAGGAUCAGAAUCCGACCCCACCACUCCGGUAUCCCCUACAGAUUCUUCCGCUGCCGUUACACCCACCAGCAUACCCAGCUCUACUACCCCGGCAUCUACUACUGGUCUUGUCAAGUGUACAGUAGCAACACCCCAAACCUCUGCUGAACGUGGCUCCCAAGAGAUUUCUAGCGCUUGCUCUAGCAUAAUCAGCACAGUCACACCAACUGUCACAGUGCGGGCACAAGCCACCGAGAUGGCCUACAACAACUGUGCCCAAUACCCUACUACCUGCUAA